AUGGAAAUAUUCGAGUUGUCUCAAGUGUCUCGUCGCGUACUCAAUUGCUUGCAUCUUUCAAGAAUUCGGGUUCAAACUGUUCAAGUAGCGAGCUUUCCUGCUGUCAUAUGUAUCCGUGAAACAGAGUGCCCUCUAGAUGAAAAUUUCAUGAUUCAUUUCGUUCAAACACCUAAACCAGUAGUUGAUCAGAUGACAGUGAACAAUGUUCGCAUUAAUGUUUGUGAAAAGAACGCAAGGCUGAAAGUCAUUCAUUGUAAUUCCAACCAAUUCGGAUACGGUCUUGUGCAUGUGUUGACCCAUUUUGACAAAAUAUUUUACCGAAUUGAUUUUGCAUUCGGAUUUGAACUGAAUACACUGAAUUCAAUGAGAGGGUUACUGUGUCAUCCUAUCUUUAGAAAAUGUGAUUACGUGCAGUUUCGCGGGGAAAAUGAGACAUUAUCAAAUGAGGACUGUGAAUAUUUAUUGGAGAAGACUCAGCCAACCACUGGAAUCACUAUAUUUUGCAAAUUGAGUCCUGACUUUGACUAUAAAAAGAUCCUUCACUUCUCCCGCCUUCGUGUACCAAAUCUAGGAAAAAUGCCUCUUGAAGACUUGAAGGCGUUAGAUAGUGAGAUUGCGAAUCUGGGGAAUCACCAAUUCAAGGAAGUUGAUAUCAAUGAAUUCCUCCAUCACUGGAUUAAAGGAAAUAAUAGAAAAUUGAGACGCCUUAAAUUGGAUGGAUUCAAAGAUGCUCCAGAUUGGGAUAUCCUAUUGAAAGACAUAGUUUCAACAGAAUGGAAUCCAAAAGAGAGAAGAAGAUAUUACAAGCGAGUUGUCACCUUAAAUUCUCAACUCCUAGUUUCUCUAUUUUCAGAUCUAAAUACACUGAGGAAGUGGAAACUAUCGAUUGAAUCGGACAUGAAAAACUGCUGCUCUCUUCUUCAGAUUGCAAUUCUGGGAUCGAUAAUUGGUGUGUUUGCACACGUAGAGUGCGUCUUUGCACCAGAAAUAAACGCAUUCAAACGAAUAUUGAUUUUCCUUCUGAUUCCUGAAUGCAAUGAAGUUGCUAUCAUUUCCGUUACUGAUAUUCUCAGAAAUUGUUCGUUCGAUGGAAAUAAUGGAGAUUGUAACUCCAACCAAUUCGGGUAUGGUCUUGUUCAUAUUUUGACACAUUUUGACAAAUUAUUCUAUCGAAUGGAUAUUGCACUCGGAAUUGAAUUGAGCACACUGAGUACUAUGAGAGGGAUAUUGUGUCAUUCGAUUUUUAGAAAAUGCAAUUAUAUGCAGAUUCUAGGAGACUCGGAGACCUUAUCUAAUGAGGACUGUGAAUAUCUAUUGGAGAAGGCUCGACCAACUCUUGGAAUCAGUGUUUGUUGCAAACUGGGUCUUGAUUUUAAUUACAAAAAGAUUCUUCACUUCCCCCGCAUUCGUGUUCCGAAUCUAGGAAAGAUGCCUUUGGAAGACUUGAAGGCGUUGGAUAGUGAAAUCGCGAAUCUGGGGAAUCAUCAGUUCACAGAAACUGAUAUCAAUGAAUUUCUUCAUCACUGGAUUGGGGGAAACAAUAGAAAAUUGAGACGCCUUAAAUUGGAUGGAUUCAAAGAUGCUCCAGAUUGGGAUAUCCUAUUGAAAGACAUCGUUCAUACGGAAUGGAAUCCAAAAGAGAGAGGAAGAUAUUACAAAUCUAAAUACACGCAUACAGAGGAAACUAUCGAUUGUGAGAAUGGAAGAGAUUUCAGAAACAAGGAUGGACAACUAGCUACUGUAGUUCAUCAUUCGGAAUUCUUGGAUUUUCUGGUUUGGCAGGAGAAGGUGCUAAAGUUAUCCCACCAAUUCAACCUUGUGAUGGAGGAACUCAUUGAUAUCCGCUUCUGUAAACUGGUGAUUCCCCAGAUUCGCAAUUUCACUAUCCAACGCCUUCAAGUCUUCCAGAGGCAUCUUACCAAGGUUUGGUACACGGAGACGAGAGAAAUGAAGAAUCUGAAAAAAGGGGAAAUCUCUCGAAGUAGAUCCUCUGACUCCCACUGGUACGAAAACUCAAUCGCUUGA